CUCCUUUUGGAAGAGGAAUCGGCCAAUAGAGUAAUUCAAUUCGCGUCACGUGAUAACAAUAAUAAGAGGGUGACACAUUGAGGAUAAAAGUCUACACGUAACAGAGAGAACAUCUUAAAAAAUUCAAGUAAAACAGAUACCUCCAGGAGGAUCUUGUUGAAUCAUGUCGUCUAUGGAACAGAAUGGUAAUCAAAAUCUUCCAUCAGUCGUAUUGUGCAAAGCUGGCUGUGGUUUUUAUGGUAACGAUGCAUUUGACGGAAUGUGUUCAAAAUGUUAUAAAGAUGUCCUAAAUCGGAAACAAAAUUCAUCACCAGUGAGUGGGCGUAUGAGUCCCCCGUCGAUGUCAGGUGAGACAGAGACAACUGUAACCAGUGUGACUUCAUCGCUGUCACAAACUUCUAUAGGAUCACAGGAAACGCUAAAAGAUAGUGUUUUAAUGACUUCAAUGUCUUCUCCCAGUGUAGAAACAGCCACACCAACUGUUUCCCUGCCAAGUACGAGUCAAACCAAGGAGGAAAAUAAAGAAGAGGAUGGGGCAACAGGUGGAGAUGACCCAGCAGAAAGCUCUUUACCAUCAGAUGAUAAGAAAACACCAAAGAAAAAUAGAUGUCAUACUUGUAAAAAGAAGGUUGGACUUACAGGUUUUCCCUGUAGAUGUGGAGGACUAUAUUGCAGUACCCACAGAUAUUCAGAUAAGCACGAUUGUAACUUUAACUAUAAAGAGAUGGCACAGGAACAUAUAAGGAAACAAAACCCUGUCGUUGUCGCUUCCAAAAUUCAGAAGAUUUAAAGACUUUGUGAUAAAAUUAUACUGUUUUCAUCAUGUCAGGAGUAAAUUACAGUCAGUUCAAACGAACCUUGCAAAUUUUAUAUUUUUCGUCGAUUAUGUGUGAUAAAAUUAUAUACGAUGUCUUGCUAAGUAUUUACUAUUGUAUUAAUAGACGAUUUAUUCAGUGCUUUUAAUUAUAUUUGCGUUUUUUUUUCUGAUAAUGUUUAAAAUUUGAAAAUGUAGACAUUAUUUGCAAAGUGUGUUUGAACUGGGUGUAAUCAACAAUGCAAAAAGUGAAUAUAUAUUUAUCGACAACCAUUGCAGAAUUACGAAGUCUGGAUGUUUUUUUUUGUUAUUUAUUUACCCUUGUUAACUAAAUAAACACACAAUAUAUGUCUGUUAUUUUUCUCAAUGUCCACCAUGUUUGAUUAUCUAUAUGAAAAAAAAUCAUGUUUCUCAAUUUUUUUGAAAUUUAUCAGUUUUUGAAUAAAAUCAUAUUUAAAUUUUUUUGUGACUAAACGUUUCAAGUUUUUAACACAGAAAUUAUUUUGCACAAUUGAUUUAUGAAAUCAAGCUGGUAAAUUGAAAGUUUGGUGCAAAUAUCUUUUUCAAUUUUUGUUACUGUUAAAAUCAUGUAAACAGGUCACAUUUCUUAAAUUCUCCAUCUUCACAAAUUUCAAUUUAUCCAGAAAUCAGUACUUUUGUCAUUUUGAACAUUAAAUGUGUAAUUUUUUUUUUGGAAAAAUCCUAACACAUAUGUUUAUACAUGAAUGUUUUAAUUUGUAUUAUUUUAAUUUUCAGGCUAAAAUAAGCCAAGUUUUAUGAUUGAGGAUUUUUUCGUUCUAUAGUUGUAAUUUGUUUAUUUAAAUUUGUUUGUAACGAUUGUAUUUUGUUUAAUAAUCAAUAUACUAAAUAUUUUAUUACUGACCCUGUUUGGUUAGUUCUGUGACAAGAGUUAUAAUAAUGGGUUUUUUAUUUUGCGAAAUUUGUUAAUUUUUUAUGUGUGCAGGCUUUACCGAUACGUGUAUAGUGUGUAGGAUGGCUGUAUCUGAAUUUCACCUUUUUGCUUAUUGUUACGAGUAUUGAAGUAAAUUCUGGUUGUAUUGUUAUCUAGGAAAUAAUUAAAUGUGAUGGGGAAAGUUAAGAAAUGGGAAAUAUUUGCCGAUAUGAGGAAUAAAAGUGUAGCUCUUGUGGGCAGAUUUUUUUCGCCUGUUAAGCUAUUUUAAAUUUCCUUGAAUGAACACGUUCUGCCAAUUGUGUGUAUGGUUUUUGGGCUAUUUAUAGAAGCAGAAUGGAGCAUUUUAUAGUGGUUUUGUUUUAUUUUUUCAAUUUGCUGAUUAAUAAACUUCUUUGGUUUGUCUGUGAAUGAAAAGUUUGUUAAAACGUAAUGAGGAUGUGUAAAAGAUUGAGCUUUCAUAAUUGAUGUUCUCUAUGAAUGCAUGAUGCUUUUCUUAGAUGUCAGUAUCCAAUUUAUAUCAAGCAAUUGUGUUAAAAUGAUUUUAAUCAUUUGACCCUUAGGGUCAAGGGAUGUUUAACAGAGACCUUUAAUGUUUCACGAGUUACUGUGUUUAAUAAUGCCUGUUCUAUAUUUGGAAAACCUAAACAUCAUUAUCAAUUUUAUAUCAUUUUGAAUGAGUAUUUGUACAUCUUUUUCUAAAUUUUUUGAUUUAAGAAUAUUUACCCCUUUUCUAGACCUAUCCAAUAUGCAGCUUUAGAUUCUAAUGAAUUGUGGGUAAUUUCAUUGUUUACACACCAAAAUGAAAAUAACGUUGCACCAUUUGUUGGUUACCCAAUUAACACAUUUUGUUGUCACACUUUUGAAAAUUAUUACCCAGAAUGCAAUAGAUUCUGAAAAAUUAAUUGAUUGGAGAAGGUUUAUUUAAGAUUACAUUGUAUACAAUUGCAAACCAUACUAGUAGGGUUUCGGUGCAUUAUCCAAAGUUUUCCGCGAAAUUUUAAAGUUCUAUUUCAUUACAAUUUUUGCAAAUUUUACAGAUUCUGAAGGUAAACUAGAUAUUUUAAAUCAUUGCAUUUAAAAUAAACUAUAAAAUAAAGAUGUACAAGAACUCAUCAUAUCCAUGCAUUGUAUAAUUCCAUUUAGCAUUUUAAAAUUUCACAUCUAUUGUAUGUAUGUCACCUGAUUUUUGGGAAGAUUUUGAUUGGAUGAUAGAAUAAAUUGAAAUUAAGAGAAAAGUGUGGGAUAUAUGCAAAUCAGUUGAAUGAUGAAAGUAUUUGCUGAGUUAUAUUUUAUGGACAGUUGACAAUUUUUGUUGUUAUCAUAAGGGGCUUUGGGUGGUUUAAUCUUUCAAACUUUUUAAAAGUGAAAUAUAGGCUUUGGGGGAGACACAAUUUUAAUUUAUUUUAAUAAAUCACCAUUCUACUCUUUCCAAUUUGCUGUAAUCUUCUUACAUGAAAAGUUAUUAACGACUGAAAGUCGAGAACACCAGAUUAAAAAAUGAUCAUCAUCCUCAAUGUCCAUGAGGCAUAACCAGUGUGUGAAAAUGCCUGUGUAAGAAUGUUAUGUUUCUCUCAAUAGAUUUAUAUUAUUAUAAUUAUAUAGGUGAUAUUAAAAUGAUAGCACCACAA